UACACUCUAGCGCUCACUAGAGCGGCAAAGCAUUUGCAAGUUAUUUUGAUGAACAAACAGUCGGUAGUUUAGUAUCUUAUCGGUAAGACGUAUCUAUCUGAGCGAAACUUGCAAAAAAGUGGAUUUCGUGAAGGAAAGGUUACCGUUUCUACUGAGAUCUGGUGUGCUGCUAUAACAGUUUGGAAUUCAAUAUUGAAAAUUGGUUCCAAGUGUGUGCACGGGAAUGUGUAUCUCGAAAACACGAUAGAUUUCAUUGGGUUUAAUGAAAUUUGAUUGCGACAAUAAAAUAACCCCAACCGGUCGAAAGUGAUGUGAAUCGCUCUGGAAUUACGUGAAUCAUACAUUUAGUGCGAUCUAAAUAAAGAGAAAAAUAGUGUUUGUCUAGUUUCAGUGUCUAAACUGCAUAAUUAGUGUAAAAAUCUGGUUUAAAUAAAUCUUAAUAAAAAGUUAUCAACAAUAGAUGGAAAUAGAAGUUGAGAAAUCAUAAUUCCCAGUAAUUUCUGAGGAAAUUAACCAAAUUUAUCGGCACAAGUCCGUGGGUUGUAUAAAAGCGGAAUAAACAAGUGCUGAUAAAAGUGUCUAAAAAUAGUUUGAUAAUCUGAAAAUACAGUCGAUUGCAAAAACCAAAAAUCUUCUAAAGUGUGCUAGUGAAAUAUGAAAAACUACAAUAAAGAGAAGAAACAGAAAUACUAGUUACUAAUGACAAUAAACUCUUGUUGUUCUGUCCAAGUGUUGGCGCUCCUCUCUGAUAACAUUUCAAAUAUUUACAGUGCAAUACAGUCGUAAAAAUUCCAGUGUUAGUAACAGUAAAUGAGUUCAAAAAAAUAAUUAUAAAUGAAUGUGAGCAUUUGCUGAAGUCUUCAUAUUUUAUUAUUUCUUUGUUUAAAUUAAGAAGAGAAAAAAAGAUAUUACCUCUAGAAAGAACUGACAACUACGGUUCCAGAAUUAAAACUAAGUAAACAACAGUUAAAGGUGUAAAAGAAGGUGUGAAAUAUAUAUACCUAUAAUUUUAUAAAAUAGAACCCUUUUCAAUGUUGGACGUAAACUUAUAAAAUUUCUAUGGCACCAUGCAUGUCUUAAAGUUAGAUAUGGCACGAGACUCUGCCGUACAGCAUCACCCUGUACCGUCUGGUGAUAUAGACCAAGAAAUACUGGAGCUGCGGAAGGAGCAAGAACAUCAGAAGCAAAUGUUAUGGAAAUCAUUUCAAGAGAAAAAUAAGCUCCUGGAAAAACAGCACAAAAUGGAAUUAGAACACAAAUAUCAGUCUGCGGCGCUUUCAAAUGGCGUAUUCCAGGAACUACGUGAACAACAACGGGUCGCAGCCGAAGAACAACAAGCACGUGAACGGCGCGAACGUGAGGCGAUGAAACGAAAGGAUUGCAGUGCAAAUGCCAGCCCCGAAGUCAAACAAAUUUUGAUGAGCUUUAUAAUGAACAAGAAGAAUCAGUCGGCAAAUGGUAUGACCACAUCAUCACCGUAUAGGAACAGAAGUGUCGUGAAAAGUUCAUCGGGUGAAUCAUUGCCGGCUGGUACCGUACCUAGUUCACACCCAUAUAAAAUUCCUCAACCUCCAUCAAUAGCAAAAUACGAUUCCGAUUUUCCGCUACGAAAAACAGCGUCCGAACCGAACUUGCUGAAGAUUCGUUUGAAACAGAGUGUAAUUGAACGUAAGACCAGAAUUGGUCCUUUGGCAGCUCGUCGUCACGAAAGGCUACUGCAUGCUGCACAGAGACGCCAACAAAAGCAGAACUCAGCAUUGGCAAACUGCUCCAGCAAUGCAUCAGAUUCCGGCCCUAAUUCGCCACCAGCAAUGGCUGGUAGUCGUGGAUCACCGACAAGUGCACCCAUACAGGAAGAGAACGAAGAUCCUCAGUAUCAAGGUACCCGUGGUAGUAUAAACGAUUUAUCGCUAUUUAGUUCGCCAUCAAUGCCGAAUAUAUCACUUGGUCGUCCGCACAUAACAAAUGCACAUAAUCCUGCCGCUAGUCUCGCUAGUUACCUAGCCCUACAACAGCAAGCAGUCGCUGCUGCAGCAGUGCCACUCAUUACAGCUGGCGCGCCUGCAUAUUAUCCGUCCUUAUUGUCCAUUGAUCAUGCUCGACCACCGGCUCCUACAUCAGAGUUACCACCGCAAGCUCAUGCCGCCACAAUACCAUUGAGUCAUUUAGGAAUGCAUCAGAUGCCGGUGUACGGACAGCCAAUAACGGACGCACAAGUUGCUCAUGCUCGUCUGAAUAAGCAGGGACAUCGACCCUUAGGACGAACACAAUCUGCCCCAUUGCCGCUUGGACAUCCAAUGUUGACUGGAACCGGUACCGUGACCAUCGCUCAAACUCAUUACGAAAACAGUGAUGCCGAAAGACAAGCAUACGAACAACAUCAUAUACUCACACAAAAAAUUCGACAAACUGUUCUUACAAGAAGCGGUCGCGAACCACAACUCAAGGAGGAAGAGCCUGCUGAAGUGAUCGAUCUUACAGACAAGAAACAACCUCCCAAAACGGUUUUAACUAGCACUGUGAUAACAAAUACAUCUCAAAUUAUUCCGGAGGAUGCAAUGUCCCGAUUAAGAAAGGAUCAAGAAUAUCUACAGCAACAACGUGAACUUAUCUUCAAGCAGUCCCUCAAUCUUGACGAAGCUUUAGCACGCGGUCUAAUACAUCCUCUAUCUAGGACACUGUCUAGCCCAUUAGUACAAUUGGGUUCGCAUCAAAUCCCCGACACAGGCCAACCCCUCACUUCACCAUCUGAACAAGUUCCACCUCCGGUUAAUUUGUCUGUCACAAAUCGUCGCAGUCUCUCGUCAGAUAGUCCACAUAAAAUUACGACUGGAUUAGCUUACGAUAAUCUCAUGUUGAAGCAUGGCUGCAUAUGCGGCAAUAAUGUCUCACACCCUGAACACAGUGGCCGAUUACAAAGCGUUUGGGCAAGGCUUUUCGAAACCGGCCUGGCAUCACGUUGUGAUCGUCUGCGGUCACGGAAAGCCUCACAGGAAGAAUUGCAAACUGUCCACUCGGAAGCUCACGCUAUGCUAUUCGGAUCUAAUCAAUUGAAUCGGCAGAAAUUGGAAGCCUCACCGGCAGUUAGUUUCGUUCGACUGUCUUGCGGUGGCGUUGGAGUAGAUUUAGACACUACCUGGAAUGAACAUCAUACUGCUGCUGCUGCCAGAAUGGCUGUGGGCUGUGUUGUAGAUUUAGCGUUGAAGACGGCGAAGGGUGAUAUUAAGAAUGGAUUUGCUGUGGUUCGGCCACCAGGUCAUCAUGCCGAAGCUAAUUUGGCAAUGGGUUUCUGUUUCUUCAACUCGAUUGCAGUCGCUGCUAAAUUACUGCGUCAACGUUUACCUGAAAUUCGCAGAAUUUUGAUAGUAGAUUGGGAUGUCCACCAUGGAAAUGGCACACAGCAAGUUUUCUAUGAUAAUCCCAAUGUUCUCUAUUUAUCGAUACAUCGCCAUGAUGAUGGUAACUUCUUCCCAGGUACGGGAGGACCUACUGAGUGUGGUACCGGAGCUGGUCUCGGGUUCAACGUUAACGUCUCAUGGUCAGGUGGAUUGAAUCCACCCCUAGGCGAUGCUGAAUAUUUGGCGGCAUUUCGUACAAUUGUGAUGCCAAUUGCAAAGGAAUUUUGUCCGGAUAUAGUCCUUGUGUCGGCUGGUUUCGACGCAGCAGCCGGACAUCCAGCUCCACUCGGUGGUUACUUGGUAUCUCCCGCAUGUUUUGGUUAUAUGACAAGGGAACUUAUGCAACUGGCUGAUGGAAAAGUAGUUUUAGCAUUGGAAGGUGGAUAUGAUCUACCAGCUAUUUGUGAUUCUGCUCAGGAAUGUGUGAAGGCGUUGCUUGGUGAUGAGCCGGCAGCAAUUGUUGAUUCAGAGUUGGCCCGGCCUCCUUGCCAGAAUGCUAUUGAUACUCUACAAAAGACUAUUGCCAUUCAGAUGUCACAUUGGCCCUGCGUUAGACGCCUUGCCCACACCGUAGGUAUGUCUGCCAUGCAUGCCUUGAAAGCCGAACGUGAGGAGUCAGAAACAGUUACUGCCAUGGCGGGAUUGUCAAUGCAACCUCCACUAAGACGAAACUUAUCGCGUGACGAUUCCGAAGAACCGAUGGAACAAGACGAAUCAAAGUGAAUAGCUGGCCCGUCAGAUAAAAUUUUGAAAUAUUCUUAAUUCUACGUAUGUGAUGCCAUUCAACGACGUAUUCUUACUAUACAUCAACUGGCAGAGCACAUCGGCUGGCUAGAAACGUAAAACCUGAAUGUCUGGCAACUAAAAAUUUGAAAAUAGUUCCAGUGACUGUGCUUAUAAAGAAGUACAAUCGAUAGUAAAGAUGUUAUUAUAGUUUUGAUAAUAAUAAGUAAGUUUUGGAUAACUCAUAAGAAUGGCUUCAACGACUACAUUCAGUUGUUGGCCAUUAUUUUCAACUAAGGAACACAAUUGUUGGUAAAACUUUGCGAAUUGCGAAACGAAACUCUGUACACUAUUCUCCAAUGAAACUCAAUUCAUCAGAACAAUAAUAUAAUGGAAUAAAUUCGGGCUGAAUAGAUCUUGUAUCUUCAGUCCGCUCGGCAUAACGAGCAAGUAAUCUAACACAUCUACGCGUAUACAAAUUUUGUGUUCCUCAGUUUGUUUUGUGAAUUUUAAAUGGCUCAGCCUUUGGUGGGUGUAGGUCAUAUUUGAAAGAAGGUAUACCUUUUAGCUAAUCGUUAAUAAUGAUAGAUAAAUUUAUGUACAUUUAGGGCGUAAUACAAAAUGGAAAACCUAAAAUUUUGACAAAAAGUGGAAUAUAUUUGCUAGGUAAAUGGAGGAAAGUGAAUAUAAAUGUAUAUGAUGAAAACUAAUAUAUUUAAAAGUAAGUGUAUAAUUUUCAGUUUUUCGUAAUAAGAAGGACCUACUCUGGCAGUAGGCGUAAUUUUUUUGGUA